AUGUCAACACUUUCCUCCCCUCGCCCAUCCAUCGCUUCGUCGCGUGCACACUCUCCAACCCCUACAUCCUCCCGACCAUCCCUCGAUGCAUUGAACACAAACCUGGGGCCGAGUCGGAGCGCUUCCUCGACCCCAUCUACUGCGCGAGCCAUCUCGCCCAACCCACGCCGCAACCGCUCCGCUUUACGGGACUACUAUAACCUCAAACCUCCGGGUGUAGAUGGACUGGGUCCAGGUGACCCCCGACGGUCACGCAGUGUCCCGCGCAACACCGAUGCUGGAGACAUCUCCAACCCGUCUACACUGGCUUCGGGGACCGAACUGGAUAGCGUGGACUUCGACCCCCAGCGCUAUGUCGAUACGCUUUUAUCCAAAUCUUCGUUAAACACCAUCUUGAAGGCGGAGAAUACCCUGGUUGGAGACAUCCGCACGCUAGAUGGAGAGCGCAAAGCGCUCGUCUACGAUAAUUACUCCAAAUUGAUUCGCGCCGUCGAGACAAUAGGCAAGAUGCGUCGCAGUAUGGAUGAGCGCGGUGCACCGUUGACCAUGACGAAGACCCUCGGGCCUGCUAUUGCGUUUGUGGCGGAGACCGCGGGCGGGUUGAUCAAGGAGGGGGAGGAAAUGAGGAAGCAGAUCAAAAAGGCGAGGAGGGAUGAACCGAACAAGGCGCAGAAGGAUACAGUGCGGUGGAUGCUUUCUGCACCACGGAGGUUGGAGAAGCUUCUCGAGGAAGACAAAAGGGAAGCUGCGGCGGGGGAUUGGGCGGAGAUCAAGCGGUUCCUCGAUGCGUGGGGUCAAGUUAAAGGUGUUGCUGAGGUUCGGGAAGCUUGUGAAAAGGUCAUGGCCCAACAAAAAGAAGAUGAUUGA